AUGAAUAAAGGAUAAUUCGAAAAGAAAACUGAAAGCCUGUAAAAUUUCAUUACAUAUUAAGUGGAGGUGGUGAUUAUGAUGGAAACGGCUUAAAGAUUGGAAACUGGGUAGAACUGCAUGAAAAUUAUAAUGAGUAUGCUUCCUAAAUAUUCAGAAAUUGCUAAACAUUUAAUGAAGGAAAAUAUUAUAAUGGACAAAAAAUUAGCUAAUGGCAAAUAAAAUAUAGAUACAAUCAUCACUGUUCAAUUGAGAUUAUGUAAUUUUGAAAUAAUUAUAAAAUUUAGAGGAGGCGGGGAUUAUGACGAGAAAGGAAAAAAAUAAGGUAAAUGGGAAGAUUUGGCAAAAAAUUUUGAGGAUUCUACUUAAUUGAUAAUUUUUGCAAAUUAUUAAGAUGACCUAAUACAAGGCUAGAAAAUAAUAAGAUUGAGAAAAAUUAAUGGUUCUUCAUUAGAAUUCGAAGAUUUAGAAGUUGGUAACCUUAAAUAAGGUUGGAAGGAGGGUAGUUGGAUAGAAAUUGCGGAUAAUUUCAAAGAAUAUUGCUAAAUACUUCAUAAAGGCAUUUACAAAGAAGGAAUUAAGGAAGGAAUGUGGUAAAUAUACUUUAGAGAAUAAUCGAAUGAACAAUUCGUUGAAAUCGGAGGAGGUUUUUAUGAAAAUGGCAGAAAAGUACAAUCAUGGAUAGACAUUGAUGAUGAGUUUUGUAGGUUCCAAAACAAAAUAUUUAGAUCUCGUUAACUAAUAUAUAAUGUCGAAUAUUACAGUGGGAUAAAAAUCAAUUUUUGUGAGAUCAAAUUUAGACACUUAAAAUAGAAUGCAUUUUAACAAAUAGGAAAGGGAGAAUAUAACCAAAAUGGUAUGAAAGAUAAAGAAUGGGUGGAGCCAAACGAUCAUUUUUGGAAGUAAGAAAGUUAAAAAAAGAAGCUUCAAUAAUUUUUUAGAUCAUGGAUAAUAUAUAAAUGGGGUUAAAAUAAAAUAGUGGUAAAUUACAAGGGAGACAAACCUUAUAAUGUAUUUAUUAAAAAAGAAUUAAAUAGCGAAUAAGGUGAAUAUACUUAAGAGGGCAAGAAACAUGGAAAUUGGGUCUAAUUUGAUGAUAGAGGAUUUAGAAAUUAUAUAACUAGUUGGAAGGGGGAUUAUCAUUAAGGUCAAAAAAAAGGUGAAUGGAUAUGGUAAAUAUUUCAAAAAUAGAUUAAUUCUUGGAAAGAAAUGUAAUAUAUGAAAAAAUGA